AUGAACACUUCAUUGGAUGAAGCAUCCCCUUUCCUAUUACCAGUGGAAAGCGCUGUUGAUUGGCUCCACCAAAAUGUCACCUGGAGUCCAUUAAUGGAGGAUCAAAGCUGCAAUCACACAGGUCUGAAUGGAACCAAUGUCUCCACUCCAGAAUGGGAAGGGCCAACAGAAACAGCCAGGAAAUGGCUAGGGGGCAGACCCCACCUCGCAGCGAAGAUAAUGCUGUCUUUAGCAUAUGCUGUCAUCAUAAUGAUAUCCCUGUUUGGCAACUCCUUGGUAUGCCAGGUUUUCAUCAAGCACAAAGAAAUCAAGAAAUCAACAGGCCUUCUCAUCUUCAAUCUUGCAAUAUCUGACAUUUUGAUAAUCCUGCUCAACAGUCCAUUUGCUGUGGCUCGCUUCCUGAGUGGACAGUGGAUAUUUGGUAGGAUCAUGUGUCAUGUCAGUCGAUUUGCUCAGUACUGCUCCCUCCACGUUUCGACUCUUACACUGAUGGCAGUUGCCGUGGACCGGCACCGGGUAAUUCUGCAUCCGAUGAAACCAAGGAUUACACAUUCUCAGAGCAUAGUGGUUGUCAUCCUCAUCUGGAGUGUUGCAGUUUUCCUGGCUCUUCCACAUGCGAUUUACCAAAAUCUGACCUUCCUCAUCAGCCCAGAUGGAGUUGUCAGAAGCCACUGUCUUCCAGCCUUUCCUGGACCUAGCACACUGGUUGCAAAGUAUGUGGACCUUGGGACCUUUGGCUUGUUGUAUAUCCUGCCGCUUCUGGUGAUUGUUGUAACCUAUUCUCACCUAGGAAAGAGGCUGUGGAUACAAAAUGCUAUUGGUGAUGCAUCCGCUCGUCAACUUUUGGCACACUACCAGAAGCGGAAGAAGAGUAUCCGAAUGCUGAUUCUUAUCGUAAUGGUCUUUGCAGUUUGUUGGUUCCCACUGAAUUGCUAUGUGGUUCUUAUUUCCAGUGCAGGUGUAGAAAAUGAGAGUGUGCUUUUCUAUGCCUUUCACUGGUUUGCCAUGAGUAGUACCUGCUACAACCCUUUCAUCUACUGCUGGCUCAACAGGAGCUUCCGUGCCAAACUCAGAUCUGUAACAUCUUACAGAAUGAAAUCCCUGUUAGUUUGUAAGAGCUCCCAGGUUCAGCAGAUGCAGGCACAGGAAAGUCAUGAGCUUCGGGAGCUCCAGACAUCUUCACUGUUACAGGUUCCUCUGGCUGUUCCAGAGCCCCAGGUAUUUGAGGAUCCCAGUGUGGCUACAGGGGAGAAUUCCCAGGCCUCUGCCCAAGGGGAUUGGGAAGAUCCAGAUCCCUCACUGGAUGAAGAGGAGGUUCCCCCACCCCAGGAUGCUUAUUUUUGCAUCCACAUGCAGACAACCAGUCAGUAA